AUGGUUAACAAGCGCGAGGCCGAACGUAAAAAACUAGCUAAGCAAAAGGCUAUGGAAAAACGACGUGGAUACAAAUCCACUAAAAGCGAUGAAGAGUCAGUGGACAGCAAGGCCGAGCUGGAGAAGCAAAUCAACGAGGCAAGUGCCAUCGAGAAGCCUGAGAUUUUACAGCAUGCUACUAUCACUGGUCACCGCACGUCACAGUACUUGGCCAAGGACAUCAAGAUUGAGCAGUUCAGUAUGAUUAUCGAGGGCAAGGAGUAUAUUAAAGAUACCACUCUUGAGCUCAACAUGGGGCGAAGGUAUGGUAUGAUCGGUCUGAAUGGCAGCGGAAAGAGUACCAUUUUGCAAGCUUUGGCCGCUCGGUUGGUUGAUAUUCCUGACUAUGUCGAUAUUUGGCUACUCCACGAAGAAUAUCCGCCUUCAGAGCAGACCGCUCUCGAGGCCGUCAUCAGUUAUGUUGCGACGGAGCAGAAGAGGCUCGAGGCACUUAUGAUGGAUAUUAUGGAGAAUCAUCCUGAGAACAUUGAUCUC